AUGAGUUCGACACCGAAAUGGUAUUGUCGCAAUAAAUCCCAACCGAUGCACACAUUUGUUGAACUUUGUAAACUGGGCGAUGAACUGAGACGUAUAACGAAACGACUGAUAAUCGAUGUCAAAGUGGAUAUAUUCAAUGAACAUGACACUUUAUUGGAGGAAUGUGAACACAUAGUGGAACUGUAUUGGAGUUUAAAAGAUCAGUCUUCAAAUAAGGAUUUUCAGUCAUUAUCGAAGAAAAUCAAACGUAGUCCAUACAAUGCCUUGUUGAUGAAGAAAUUUAACAGCAUAAUGGAGCUGAAUGACAGAAGAUUUUGUCAAUUGACAUUUGUUCUGAAGAAAACGUUAAGCUUUCUUUUGAAAAAAUCUAUGCAAUCGGAAAUUUGGUUGAACUGGGCUUUACAAAUCACCCAACUUUAUAAUAAAUGUCGCCAGCCGAUGGAGGCUUGUGUUGAAGGUGAUAUAAAAAAAUCCUCUGAUGAACUGUUGAAUUCAAAUAUAUGUAGCAAUAUGUAUCCGUCUUUGUUGUUGCCCUACAAAUCAAUAGAUUUUGCUUAUGUUUUACAGUUAGCCGCUCAACAACGCAUCGAACAAAACGCCUUAGAUCUCAUGUUCGGUCUCUUCAACAUGGGCGAACAAGAGGCGUGGCAUGAAAACAAUGAAUCGAAUUGUUCCAGUAUGGAAAUUUUACGCAUUUUAACCUUAAAUCUAACAACCGAUGGAGAUUUUCAACAAUAUAUAAAUGAAAGUCCACGUGAUUACUCAGCCUUGAAUUUGGAUGCCGAUAUGGCCAGGAGUAUUGGUACAAAACGUGGCACUACGGUGACCAUGCGCAGCAAACAUAUCGAAAUGUUUCUACAAAAUGAACGAAGUUUUGUGGCCCAAUUUAUUGAAAAGGCCUUCGAUAUAUGCCCCACAAUAUUCGGUCAUGCCACACAAGAGGAUUUGCAUGAAUUUGUAUUGCGUGGCAUGCGUUUAAUGUGGUCUUAUGUGGGCAUUAUUUUGGAUCAUAUUAUACUUUGGUGGAUUGAUACUCCAAUAUCGUGUUACUCACUGACGCAUGUGGACUCCAUACGUAAUUGGCUGUUUAUGCAAAAUGUUAAAGACAUUCCCGAACCGGUUUAUUCGACCCUACAGGGCAUAGGAGAAAUAUUAACCAAUUUCGUGUGUGCUAAUUUGUGGGAUCGUUUGUUUCGUCUGACUUUAAUAUCGGCAACAGCUCAAGCGGAAACGAUGGAACUAUUUAUGGAUCAAUAUAAGCAAGUAACGAAUAAUCAAUACGGUACACCAACCGGUACAGUUUGGAUCUCCAUUUUUACAAACUUGACAAAUUUAAGCAAUAAUUAUUUUCAUAAUGCUGACAUAAGCAAUUCCAGCCUGGUGCCAGUGGCCGAACAAAUACCCAUACUCCAUAGAAUUGAUCAUUCUGUGCACAGCAUGCGUUUGUGGGUUAAGGAAGAGGCGAAACAAUUGUGCAAUGAAUGGAAAAUGAAUCGUUUCUUUCAAAUAUUGGAAAGUGAUGUGAAAUUGUGCCUGAAUGCGUUUGUAAAUUUUAAACUGCCAAAAUUAACUGCUGAUUUAAGCGAUAUACUGAUGUUGGUGUGUGUCGCCCUAAGGACGAAAUUGAUUUGUGAAAUUAAUGUCAAUAUAGAUAAAUUAAAGAAAACCACUGAGGAAUGUGUUCAAGUUCUCUCCGAUGUUUGCCGCCUCAUUAGCAUGGCCAAUUUUACCUUAUGCUUCCCCUCUGCUUCGUAUUGGCAGAAAAACUCUUUUGACAAUGAAAAGUCCAGCGAUUAUGUUGGCUAUAUACUCGAUCAAAUCUAUUUGCCCUGCAUUAAGGCCACCAAAGAUGUGGUCAUUCUAAAGUUAAUUUUGAAAAUCAUUUGUGAAGCUUGGCUGGACUUUAUCUAUCAACGUCACAUACGUUUUAGUGUUAAUGGUGCUGUACGUUUGCUGAAUGAUUUCGAUGAUGUACGGGAAUGGAUAUUGAGUUGUCCAUUGCUAGAACAGCAUCAUUUGGAUAAGCUGAGCAAUCAUGAGGUAUUGAGAAUGUGCAAGGGUGUGGGUAAAAUAUUGUUGCGCAAACCCGAAGAUGUCAUAUCGAUUACACAGACACCGAAGUAUGAUAAGAAAACGGGUGAGUCUGCCCCUCAAGAGACUCAAUUGCCUUCGGAAAUGUUUGUGUCCAAUCAAAAACAUUGGCUUCAGUUGCGUGCUAACAAGUCAACAUUUUUCUUCUUACCCUUAUGUUGCAGUGAUUCAAACUAAGUUGGUUACUGUUUGAUUUGUAUGGAUUUCGUUUCAAGUCCUUGAAAUUGUGAUUCGUCUAAGA